CAAUAAUAAUAACUGGAAGCUUUCGGGGUGAUUACGAGCGUACGAAGUUGGAGACCGAGUCGAAAGUUGCUUCUUGCCCCUCCCCUCCAACCCUCCAAAGCGUUUCUCGAACGUGUUGUCGGUAGCCGACCGCGAGCAGGGUCGAUGCAAUUACGUGUUGGCUCUCGAGUGUUUCGCUCAUAAUAUUUAUUUGGAAGCCGGGCGAACGGUUCGUGGAUUUGCCGGUCCGCGGCACGCAUAAUCGCGCGGCCUGAAAAUCUGUGCCGUUAAAUGAUUUUUAAUCGCGGCCCAUUAAAUGGAGUGCAUCAAAAUUACAUGAAUAUUUACGCCGUGGCGCUCGACGAAAUUGCGUUUUAAGCGAUCCACCGGCACCGUCCUGCGAAAAUUGCAUAUUAAACGUCCGGCCCGUUAUAAUGUAAACUGAUUUGCGUAAGUAAGUCGUGUAACGAUCGAUUAAUUAACAGUAACGGCGAAAGUGCGCGCAACGUGUUCGCGAUUGCGAUUUUUGUUCGACGAAUCGGACGUUCGUUUCGAUAAGCUCGUUACGUUUACGGCCGCGAAAAUCGUACUAAUCGGAGAGGAAAAGUUCGAAGAAAGCUUUCAAACGUUCGACCAACGACAUUUUUUCAUCGGUCGAUCCACGCACGCGCGUAUGUGGCGUUAUUAACGUGUGUCUCGUUGAAGCUGUGUCGCAUGAAUAUGAAUCGUCGCAACGUUAAUGCAACGCCACUGGGAACGUACGUUUCCCGAAUGUCGCCGCGGUGAUUACAUAAUUUAUGACGAGACCACGGCUGCAUCACGUGGCCACCAGACGACUUGGACCAACAAAAAAUAGGUCGACAAAAUCACAAUCUCGCAGCAAAGAUAGCGAGAACGUGGAGAGAGCAGAGACAAAAGGCCGAACGAAAAUCGUGGUGUGGAGAUUGAACCGAGGUCGAACGUAUUCGCGUAGAAACAGAGUAUCGUGACGCGCCUUUGUGAGACCGUGAAACGAUGGCACAGGGCACAGAUUUUUCAUUCACGAUGAUCGUGCACGCGUAUGACACAGAAGAACGUGGUUUCGGGGAAAGAGACGCGAGGUGCAGUCCCGUGUAAAUCAAAACUGACGUGGAAACGAAGACUCUGUCGCGAUGAAAAGUAACUAAGGACAAAGUUCCGUCGUAUCGUCGCCCCGGCAAGAUGAAAAACAGGAUGCGGAGAAUAAAGUGGCGCUAAUUCAAAAGUUUCUCUAAUUUCAAAGCCGAUAAUACUACGGACAAUUUAACCGCGAACUUUGAAACGCACGAAAACAGAUGCUCGUUCACGGAUCAUUAACCUCUCCAAGUCGGUGUCGACUGUACGAAAUCACCGCGAGUUUAACUUACUACUUGCGCGGCUAAUUACUUAUGAACGAUUCGUUUGAACGUUACGUUGAUAAAUCUAGAUACACGACUUCGAUUUUGUCGUAUAAUUUUCACGUAUUUGAUUUUACGUAUUUGAAACUAAUUGCCGGAGGAGGGUGGAACGGAGGUAGUUCGUACUUAGAUUAGCAAAAUAAUAGAAGAAAGAGAUUAAACAAAGUAUAAGACGAAAUAUCGUAGAAUUAUUGGCUAUGUUUGUUCGGGGUAGAAAUAAAAUCGACGAUACAGCGGAUCGGUGUGUAAAGAAAAGAAAUCGACAGUAGAGACGGAAACGUCGGUAAAGAUGAUAUUAAGGCAGAGAACUGAUUGAAACGUGGGAAAUGGCGAUUGUCGAGGCUGUUAGUGAGAUGAGUGCGACUCGUUUGAGUGCGUGGUUCGGCACUGUUCUGUUCGUGGCUACGACGCUCGUUCACUCUCAGGUCACAUGGACGCCGAUCUACGUGGGCUCUUACAGUCAAGUGGACCUUUGGACACAAACGACAAACGGCUGCGCGUGCAGUUUUAAUUCGUCCAGCAACGAGUGUGCGUGCUGCGUUCCAUCCGGAGGAUGCAGCUGCGGAGCUGCGUCGCCGGAUAGAUGCGCCCAAUGCGGCUUGGAGCAAUACUGCGCUAACAUGUGCAACAUAACGUUGGACAGCAGACAGUUGUUCAGCAAAUCGGAUCGCGGCUUUGGGCAAAUAAAGUCGCCGUCCCUUGAAGGACCAUCAAGGUGUACCUACAGGUUUGUGCCGGACACUGGCCAGCGAGUCGAGUUGCAGAUCUAUCGACUGAUCUCCAUCGGACGACAUAACGGCACAGCAUGCGAGGGUGGUUGGCUUCAACUCGAAGGUGGUGGUCGGGUUUGCGGCCCCAAUGAACGUUUCGAUCGACCUGUUGUGCUAUUCUCCGAUAGAUCAGUUCCCAUCCUCCAUAUGCAAAUAAACGAAAGCACCACGAGGUCCCAAUUCCUGGCGUACUUCAGUUUCUCGUCCAAGGCGAGCGUAUCCGUUGGUUGGCCAGUAAAAGGCGGAGAUCCGAAGAACAACACCGAGUGUGACUGGUAUUACAAGGAUACCGAUUGCCUGAACGGAUGCGUGUUAGCGAGCCCUGGAUAUCCUGGUCUGUAUCCUCCGAACAUCCGGUGUCUCUACUCGAUUACUUCCGGCCCACGGAUGUCCAUCGCGAUUAACUUCACCGCCGUGCUUCUGCCUGAAAAGCACUGCACAAGCGACUACAUUGCCGUAUACUCGGGUUCAACAACGUCGAGUCCCCUUCUCAAGAUGCUCUGUUUCAAGAAUAAAACGUCGUUGACGUACAGUGGCCGGAAACUGCUGGUCGAGUUCAGAUCGGGUCCGGAAGUACCGCCAUUCGAUUAUAACGGCUUUGUCGCCACUCUUCAUUUCAUUGAAAUCACCACGGAAGCUCCCACCACGGUUUUCAUGGAUAGCACAGAUAGAAGCUUGGAUAUGAGCAAGUCGUUUAGCGGUGCAGGAUAUAAUACGCGCUAUAACAAUCGAGACCUUCAGGAUCAUCGAAAAGAUCAGGGCUCAGUAUCAAACAGCUGCAAUCUGGAGGUGAAUGGUGAGAAAGUCAGAGCUGGCCACCACGAUACCAGAGGCAAACUGAAGUCCACCACGUGCAGACUCGUGCUUCAUGGACGUGCUUAUGACACUGGACACGUCUCGUUAUCCAGUUUUAAUCUCAGUGCUCCGGAUUGCCAAUCGUCGAUCGAAAUAUUCGACGGCCUUCCCGAAGGAGGGACGCUUGACACCGCGAAAUCCCUCAGGAAAAUCUGCAGCCCUAGCCAUGAGCUUCCACCGGAAUUCGUGCAACAAGAUACAUAUGUCGAGCCGAAAAGGUACUCGUCUAAUGGCAGAGAUAUGACGGUCGUUCUCAGACGAGCCACCAUUGGCCUCACCGACGAGGAAUACAUGGACGUCUCUUAUUACUUUCACGAUGAACGCGAGGGUGGCACUCAACAGCCGGCCAGCGUGUGCGACGUCGAAUAUUACGGACUGACGUCACCGGUGAAGGGUUCCGUGGUACAUCCGGAGCCUCACCGAUUAUUCGCCAUGGAGGGUCCCAUAAAAUGCAGGCAGCACUUCAUUCCAGCAGCUAAUCAGUCGGUCAUCAUUCGCAUCGAGAGCAGCUCGAAGCAGGGUCCGAACAACCCUUGCCAGACCAAGUGCGGAGACAGCGGCUGUCACUGUGUCAGCAACAUAACCCUGGAGAACGUGGACCAUCUUUUGCUUGUCUCUGAAACCGGUCACAUCGUCACCUGCCUCUGUGGAAAUUAUCAGGACUGGCUGCCAGUCGGUAUCCGUAGUUGGACACCAGUGUACAUCGAAUGGUCGAGGUCCUCGAAGGCAGGCCUCAAUUUCCGUGCGGCUUACGAGUUUAUCAAGGACACUUACUGCGGUUAUCACACAACGACCAAGCCGGAAGGCGAGGUCAAUGGCGGUGACCUGGCCAGCAGUGGCUUAAAGCUCAAUCAGUAUUACCAACAGAGGUGCACGUGGAUCUUAGACUCUUUGACGGAUCGACAGCUAACUAUCGAAGUGAAAUCUGGCCAAAGCCGUCCUUGCACCGCCUGGAAUUUAACAAUACACGAAUACAGCAAGAACGGCGAUCCAGCUGGACUCAGGUUGCACACGUUCUGCUCGAGAAAUAUCCACAAAAAUUUCACCCUGCCAUGGAAAACGAACACCGUGGUGGUUAGAUUGCAGGCUCUAGGAAGGACAGCACCGGAAUACACGAUGAAAUGGCGCAGUCAGUUUGUAAUCGCAAACACGCACAAGAGCGAACCGUCGCCCCCACCGGUACCGAAUCAUGUGCUUCGCUCCUCAACCGGAAACAGGUCACUGAAAGCGCGGAUCCUAAUUCUGUUCGCGAUACUCCUCGCCUACGCGGCCAGUUGUUGAGUGGAUCAACUCGACACACCGUAUCCGUACACGUUCCUGUUCACGAUGAGAGGCAAACUACUGCGAACGAGCCUAAGACUUUUAAUAAUAUACACUACACACACACACACACACACAUACAAAAUAUCAUACUAACGAGGUUCGUGUUUCCUCAAGAAAAAACUUCUUUCAGCUAUUCAGUUCUCUGAGAAAUAAAAUAUAAUGUAAAGUUUAAAAUAGUAAAGCGUUUAAAGAGAGCGGAACGAUGAUCGCGUAAAGUGAGGCGCACUCUAUGGAAAUUUGAUAAAGUUUCGUGUUAGUUUGCUGAAAUAUUACGUUCGCUAGCAUUGUGGAGAACUUGCCCGUAAAAGUUUCAGAACCACCGCGCUGGUAAUCACGGAGCACACUUUUGAUAAAAUAUUGAAAUCAAUCACCAUGAAUUUACCUCGCUUUUAUAUCGUACGAGAACUCUAUGUAUUUAUAUCGAAUAGAUCGUUUGAAAAUAAUUACCGGUUAAACGAAGUCCUUUGGACGGUAAUAUUGAGCAAUUAAUUUGUAAAAGUUUAUUAUCCGGUUUGCAACUGAGUUUUUCACGUAGAAUGGAAAUUCGUCGUGCCGAUAUAAAUGUCGAUUAAUAAAACGCGUAAUGAAGAUUAAUUCGCAAUCGCAAUUUCACGCGAGGCAAGGCCAUCGAAUAUGACUGAUCGAAGGACACGAGAAUUCCGAAACAAUUUAGUCCAAGUUUUUCAAGUAUUUUUCGAUUACCAACCUUUUAACAUAUUGAACGUGUUCGGCGCCGUCACGUGCCGGUGGAUGUUGAUAAAGUUAAAAUUUCAUCGGAUAAAUUGACACAGAUAAGGGAACGUUAUUGGCAAAGAAUGAAAGGCAUGAAAUCGAAUUUUGGAAUUUCACGCUCUAGUCGAAUUAUAUAUAUAUAUAAAAUAAAUUAAACGCGAAUCAGAAAGAGAGAAAAUAUAUAUAUACUAAAAAUCAGUCGGUGUAUACCACUCGUUUUAACUAUAAGAGUCUAAUAGAGCAUGUACAUAUUAUACAUACAUAUGCAUAUACAUACAUAAAUCUAUAUGAUACAUAUAGAGGAUGAGACGUUCACGAAGAAACAUUUAAACGCAUCCAUCGUCAUUAAUAUCGUUGUACUAUUUUUAAUUUCCUCUUUAAUUUUACGAAUACGAGGAUUAAGCCAAUUUAAAAUUUCAUCAAUUGGCGCAAACUAUCGUAAAAUCAGAAAUUGUUUUUCUUUCUAUUCUUUAUAUACGCAGAUAUAUUCAACGUUUCUUUCUAGACGUCACAUCCUGCGAACGCGUAUGAAUAUAAUUUAAUAGCGAUUUAAAGUAACGAGACGAAACAAGGGGGAGGGAAAAAACGCGAUGCACGGAUUUGAAGUAGCAAGAAAUCACGCGUCAUCACUUUCACGCAAAUGCCAAAAUAAACGUGUAAGAGAAGAAGUUCUAUAUAAUUAUAGGUCCUUGUACAUACGUGGAUAGAAUAGGUAGGAUUUGUACAGAGUAUCACGAACUACGUUAAGACCUCAGCAUUAUUGUAAAUUACAAUUUACCGUAAAACAUAGCGCGAACCCGCGAACGAAGACAGAUUGUAUUUUAACGAACGAGCUUCGAGUGCCCGAGGCACAUUUCGAAUAAUUGUUAACGCGUUCGUCCGGAAGUUCAUCGAAAAUCUCUUCUUGCUUGCUUAAACAAAAGAGAGAGAGAGAGAGAGAAAGAGAAAAAAGAUAUUCGCUGAUGAAAUGAACGAUAAAUGAAACAAAUUUCCGAAGAAUAUUUUACGAAGAAGAAAUUAUUUUGAUUUACUUUCGGAGACGCGAUUGGUCGUUAGAUUAAGAUGGAAAUAAAGGCUAGACUGUGAAUGUUUAAUAUACGUAUCGACUAAGAAGGAAAAUAUUAAACUAAACAGGCAAACAGGCUAAUCGAAUUAAAAAGAACCAUCCAACGGUGCGGAAAUGUUUCCACCGGUUUUCAUACGUUUUACAACGCCGUCGUAUUGCUACCAUUAUUUAUACAGAAUAUUACGAGUAAUAUUCUUUGUUUCUGAAUAACAAUAUGCCGUGGUUUGUGACUGUAUGGUAUGGCGAAUUCUGUUAUUUAUUUUACGUCGUCCUUUUAUACUCUACGAUAACACGAGCUGUAUUAUUUCACUGAGAAAUAAUACAAUUACCUUACCAGAGAUUUUAAUGCCUGUUGAAACUUCUGAUUAAAUCGUGACACGUAUUAGACGGUCUCGUGUUUCGCGAGAUACGUCGAAUCAUUACGAACCUUCGACAUUAUCGAUUGAUCCCGAUACUCUCGUUAACGUUUCAAGCUUUCGUUCAUUGCGUCCGAACAAAUAUAAUCUGCACGAUUUGUCGUUUGACGUUUUUCUUCUUUUUUUUAAUAAAUAAUAGAGAAACGUGUGCAUUAAGAAUUCGUUAUUAAUUUUGAAAUUGUUGAGAAUCGAUUUACAUUAGCGAAUAGAAAGACUGAAUUUUAUCAGAGUGCAAUUUAUACGUAUAUCGUUGGAAGGCUGGUAAUGAUCGAUACGACUAAUCUAUACGAAGGAUAGCAGUCAAAUCGCGUUGAUGCAUACGCAUGUUAAGAUUUGUAUAAUAAACGAACAAGCUCGAAUAGAAUAGUCGGCAGUCUCUUUUUCGCAACCUCGUCGAAACAGAGAUGAAAGUCAGACUGUAAUUAAUCGGCGUGCUAAAACGAGAGUAUCGUUAUAGGAGAAAAGAGAAGAAGAGACGCGCGUUUAAUAAAUGUAAUUAAUGUCGGCCAGGAAAGGGGGGCAUGUGAUUUAAGUGACUUGUGUUUGAAAUCGGUGAGUCGUUUCUCGACAGAGAUUUCGUUUGUUCGUUCGUAAAGAAUCGUCGCUUAACGAAAAACCAAGAGAAACGAAAUUACGUGUGUACCGUUCCUUUUUAAGAUUACUCGAUCACGUCCUCACAACGAUUGUAAUGCGAUCUGUUCCUUCAAUGGAUGUACCGGUUUUGCACAAGGCACGUCUAACUUACGAAGAAAAGAUAUAUGUUACAUAUAUGUAUUAGCCGCGUAUACUUAAGUCACAAUAAAUAGUCAAUUGUUUCAUAUAAAGUACGAAUAAAAUAAAACAGAAACUA